UAUGGUACAUUCGCUGAUUGAAGCGUAUUCCUUACUUGACCAGAUGAAGAUAGUCAAGCCGAAAGCGGCCUCCAUGGAGGAGAUGGCGAGCUUCCACACGGAUGCCUACCUGCAGCACCUGCAGAAGGUCAGUGAGGAGGGGGAUGAUGACCAUCCGGAGUCCGUGGAGUAUGGACUGGGUUACGACUGUCCGGCUACUGAAGGGAUCUUUGAGUAUGCGGCAGCUGUGGGAGGAGCCACCAUCACUGCAGCCCAGUGCCUGCUGGACGGCAAGUGCAAGGUAGCAAUUAACUGGCCUGGAGGGUGGCAUCAUGCAAAGAAAGAUGAAGCUUCUGGCUUCUGUUACCUGAACGAUGCUGUCUUGGGGAUCCUGCGUCUGCGCCAGAAGUUUGACCGUGUCCUUUAUAUCGAUUUGGAUUUGCAUCAUGGGGAUGGAGUUGAAGAUGCCUUUAGUUUCACCUCGAAAGUCAUGACUGUUUCUCUGCACAAGUUUUCACCAGGAUUUUUCCCAGGCACCGGUGAUGUGACAGAUGUUGGCCUGGGGAAAGGUCGCUAUUACAGCGUGAAUGUACCUAUUCAAGAUGGCAUUCAGGAUGAGAAAUAUUACCAGAUCUGUGAAACUGUGCUGAAGGAGGUGUACGCCGCAUUCAACCCAGACGCGGUUGUGCUGCAGCUGGGGGCAGACACCAUUGCUGGAGAUCCCAUGUGCUCUUUCAACAUGACGCCCGAGGGAGUGGGCAAGUGUCUGAAGUACGUCCUGCAGUGGCAGCUAGCAACUCUCAUCCUGGGAGGAGGAGGCUACAACCUUGCCAACACAGCUCGCUGCUGGACAUACUUGACUGGGGUCAUCCUUGGGAGAACACUGUCCUCCGAGAUCCCCGAUCACGAGUUCUUCACAGAGUACGGUCCUGAUUACGUGCUGGAGAUCACACCGAGCUGCAGACCAGACCGCAAUGAGCCACAGAGAAUUCAAGAAAUUCUUAAGUCUAUCAAAGGGAAUCUGAAGCAUGUUGUUUAGCGGAGAAGGAAGGCUCAGGUUUCCGCAAGAGCAUUUCCCGUGGGGAAGACGGCGUGUUUAUGUUAGCAGCUGGUGAAAUUUGUAGCUGCGGGGGAAUUUGGAAGAAAUUAAUGUUGGUUGGUUGAUUUUUUUCUCUUUAAAGAAGAAAAGCUGCUGCGCACCACAAGCACCAUGGCUCUCCCCAGGCAGGAGUGUGGGGCCUCCAGCCACAGCCUUCCAGUGCCGGCAGAGCUUCCCUUGCUCCUUUCUCUUUCCUUUUUUAACACCACAGAGUUUAUUCUCACAACUGGUUUUAAAUGUUUUUUUAAGAGAGGGGCUGCUCAGAGCUGUGAACCCUCCCCAGCUGGAGCCCAGCACCACAUUACCUUCCUGGCAGGAGCACGGCCUCUGAGCUGGCCACCCAGGGAGCGGUGCCGAGGGCCAGCUGGGGCACGGGGCACAGGCUGUGCCUCUCAUCCACAGAAAGGCAUGGCCAUUGUGUUUUUAACUGGGAUUUUUUUUUAAAUAAAGUAUUUGAAAUACUC